AUGUGCUGCUAUGUAUGUUGCACCGUCUCGGACCUACUCCUAUAUAUAAUAGCUAUUAUAUUCCCUCCCGCGGCGGUCGUGUUCAGAUCAGGGAUAUGUUCCAGCGAUCUUCUUUUGAAUGUGCUUCUGACUAUGCUGGGGUUGCUCCCUGGCACUAUCCAUGCCUUCUACUACAUAUCAGUCACCAGUCCUCUGCGUAACGCCGACUACGCUUUCUUCUACCAGCAAGGCUGGAUUGACAGUGAGGCACAGACCAACGCAGGCCCACAUCGGGUAAACGAUACAGGGUACACCGGAUCAGACUCGACAAGGACGCCUCUACUCAGGGGUGAGAGGCAGCUCAGUGUAAACCAAGCUUUGAAGGAUCAACAGACACAUCGUAACAGCACGUCGCUCAAGCCGGGCGCCCCACCUCCUUACUCCGCGAUGGAAUAA